GUGACCCGCUUUGGCUGUCGCCCAGUGAUGCUGGCAGGUGGCCUGCUGGCCUCGGCCGGCAUGGUCCUAGCUUCCUUCGCUACGCGUCUCGUGGAGCUGUAUCUGACAGCUGGGGUGCUCACAGGCCUGGGCCUGGCCCUCAACUUCCAGCCAUCGCUCAUCAUGUUGGGACUGUACUUCGAGCGACGGCGGCCUCUGGCCAACGGGCUGGCGGCGGCGGGCAGCCCAGUGUUCCUGUCCGCGCUGUCGCCACUUGGCCAGCAGCUGCUAGAGCACUUCGGCUGGCGCGGCGGCUUUCUGCUGUUCGGCGGGCUCCUGCUGCACUGCUGCGCGUGCGGAGCCGUCAUGCGGCCGCCGCCAGGGCCACCACUGCGCGGAAACAGCGCCGGGGACCGCUCUGGGGACGCUCAGGGAGAGGCGGAGGCUGAGGCGAGCGGCUCUGUGCUGCGCUUGCGCGAGGCGCCCCCUGGCGGUCGGCCCCGCCGGCGUCUACUGGACGUAGCGGUGUGCUCCGACCGCGCCUUUGUAGUGUACGUGGUCACCAAGUUCAUGAUGGCACUCGGGCUCUUCGUGCCCGCCAUCCUGUUAGUGAACUACGCCAAGGACGCGGGCGUGCCUGACACCGACGCCGCCUUCCUGUUAUCCAUCGUGGGCUUCGUGGACAUCGUGGCGCGGCCAGCGUGCGGCGCCCUGGCAGGCCUGGCGCCGCUGCGACGGCGAGUCCCUUAUCUUUUCAGUCUGGCCCUGCUGGCCAAUGGGAUCACGGACCUGAGCAGCGCGCGCGCGCGCUCCUAUGGCGCCCUUGUCGCCUUCUGCAUCGCUUUCGGCCUCACAUAUGGCAUGGUGGGCGCGCUGCAGUUCGAAGUGCUCAUGGCGACCGUGGGUGCGCCCCGCUUCCCCAGUGCGUUGGGCCUGGUGCUGCUCUUGGAGGCCGUGGCGGUGCUCAUAGGACCGCCCUCCGCCGGCCGCCUGGUGGAUGCUCUGAAGAACUAUGAGAUCAUCUUCUACCUGGCAGGCUCUGAGGUGGCCCUGGCUGGGAUCUUCAUGGCUGUUGCCACCAAAUGUUGCCUGCGCAGCUCUAAGGAUGCCCCGUCAGGCCCAGGAACUGAGGGUGGGGCCAGUGACACUGAGGAAGUCGAGGCCGAAGGGGACCCUGAGCCCCUGCCUGCUGGUGCUGAGGAGGCUGGCAGACUCGAGGCCCUGGAGGUGCUGAGCCCCCGGGUUGGGUGCCCGGAACCAGAGGUGGAGGCAGAGCCAAGGUCGGCCCCUGAGGCUGUGUAGCUUCAGAUGCACUAGGUGGGGUGGCCCAGUGACUUGGGAGUGUGGCUUUCCCUCUCAGAGGGCCUGGCACACUGGUCUGAGGUGGUCACUCCUGGGCUCCACUGUGUUCCCUGGGUGUCUGGGGAACUGCCUCCCUCUCUUGCCAGUAGCCCCGCCCAGUGGGUGACGCCACUGUGGAUCUGCAGGAGACUAGAGUUGAUAAAGCUGCGCUGAAAGAUGGAAGGUUCUGUUCCUGCACCUCGUCUGGGCCCUGGCCACCACCUCAACUGGGGUGGGCUGGGAGGGAGUCAGACAUCUCUCCCCAAGGAUCCCUGAGCCAGACUCAGUUGAACGGCAUUUGAGGAAGAAGUGUCACACACACACAGGGUGGGGGCAAUGUCCCUAGGCUAGAGAUGGGGCUGGGUGGGCAUAGCGCUUGCUGGAGUCUCAUUGGCUGUCCUCUGUAUCUUCCCACAGUGGGGUUGCAGCAACUAGAGCUUGAGCUGGGGCAGCCUGCUGCUGGGGGCCUGUCUGGGAGAAAGAGUGCAGUUUCCAGGCUCAGACCUGGCCUGGCACCUCCGUCUCCUCCCGCACAGGCUGGAGGCUGAGUACAGGACUCUGCCCAAUGGUGUGCCAAGAAGCACAUGGGGAUGAAGUGCUCAGUGACAGCACUAUGCCUGCUGUCUUCAGCGAGGCAUCCACAUCCCCUUACCUUUCUAAGAGGGCACCUCUCCCAUGGGAGUUAACACUCCUGUUACUGUUUCCCUCCCCUGGGGCCUAGGGUCACCCUGACCAAUACCAGUCCUGUUUACUCCAUGUCUGGAAGCACCAUAGUCAAAGAUGAGGAAGGCUGUAAAUAGGCUCCAGGGAGUACAAAGCUUGGGAAGCAGGUGGCAAAGGCGAGCCUUUAGGACCUGAUGGUUCUGAGUUCAGAUUUCACUGUGUCCCCAUUACGGUGUGGCCUUGAGUGAGAUAUUUCUCUGAGUCCCGUGUCCUCAGCUGUAAUGGGGACG